AUGAAUGAAGAUAUCAUGUCAGAAGACUGUAAUACAUUUUGCACCUCCGUCAACAAGAGGAAGUUUUGCCGUGGAACACUGUACCACCGAGGGAAGCCCUUGUGCUCCUCUUUGUGCCACAGACAUAGAACAUGUACUAAUGUCAUUAAUUCUCAGGAAGCACUGGCAUUCCCCAAAGGUAGGAUUCAGACUCUUACAAAUAUUAAUGAUUCUUAUUCAUUAAGUCCACAGAAAUUUCAGGUUCAUGUACAAAAUGAAGGUAACAUAAAGGCUUCAGCUGCUGCUUUAUUUGAUAGCACUCACCACCUUCAGUACCAGGAAAAGGUCAACUUUACUAGGUCCACACGCGUUGAAUUUAAGAUGUUCUCAAUAGAGAUGACACCAUGUUUACCCAGGUGUGUUUCUGCAUUUGCAAACACUGAGGGAGGGUUUGUAUUUUUUGGCCUGCAUGAUGAGACCCAUCAAGUCACUGGAUGUGAAAAAGAGAAAACAGAUCUUGCCACCUUGAGGGCUUCUAUUGAUCGCUAUAUUAGGAAGUUACCAGUCCAUCAUUUAUGUACACAGAGGCAUGAGAUAAAAUAUGCCACCAAAUUCACUGCAGUACACAAGUAGGGUGCCUUCCAUGGAUAUGUCUGUGCAGUCAGCGUGGAAUGAUUCUGCUGUGCAGUGUUUGCCAAAGUGCAUCAUUCCUGGCGGGUGAAGAACAAUCGUGAGACAGCUGGCCACAAGGAAUGGGAAUAGAAUCAUCAAUGAUUUUAAUGUUUGCUGAGGUGGGAGGAGGUGGGGAAGGAGGAAAGGGAGAUAUUAUUUCAGAAUCUGGGGAAAGAGAGGUACCCUCAGAGUUGCAGAUGCCUGACAUUAAUUCCUAGAGAUACAGUUGGUGGAUCAUUGCCCCUCUUUCCCUCUGCCCAUCUUGAAUAUCCUGCAUUCAACAAAUAGAUGCUCUGGCCUAGUAGACUAACUAGAGGUUGGUGCAGAAGGCUGUUUGACCUAGCAAUUUGUUUUCAUAUCCUUUCUUGUGUUCAUAUUCAAGUCUCUUCUUUCCCUUUCUAAUUAUGAACUCACAUUUACUUUUACAGGAAAUUCCUUUUUCACGUGUACCUACGUGUCCUCUUUAAUUUACUGUCACUUUUCCUUGCCUCUGCAUUCUUGUAUGGUUCCCUCAUCAAAUAUUCUUUCUCAUAGACUCACUUCCAUUUUUGAACAAAAACACAAUCAAACCCCUCUUUUCUCACUUUUCCUUUCAAAAGCCAACAUGUGAUGCUAAUGACUGACAGGCCGAAGAGUAGUGUUGGUGAUACGCAUGCACCUUGGAAAAGGAAAGCCUGAGAUAAAAUCAGACAAAAGAAAAUCAAUUAUAACUUAAAGAAAAGUCCAGAAAAACAAAGUCCAUUUCCGGAUCUUCUCAAAAAUCUAUAUUCAUUGACCUUCACAUCUUCUGGUCUUAUUUUUUUUUUAAUAUAAGCACUAUAUAUAUAGUGCUUAUAUUUAUAAUAUAUACAUAUAUCCAUAUAUAUAUUUAAAGAUAUGCCCACGAGU